CAAAUUUGUUACACACCUUCACACGCUAGACCACCCUUCAAACAUUGCCGAAUAUCUACGGCGCUACAUCUCUUGGGUCGUGGGUAAAAGCAUGUCACAGAUCGUGGUUCAAUUCUUAUAUCUGUCUCACUCUGGCACCUUCUUUUGAUGUUGAUCAUCUUCACUCGCUUCAGCAUUUCGUCAUUCCCAACUUCCUCGAGCAGAAUCACCACCGAUCAUCCAUAUAUAGCAACCUCAUCCACAACACUCAUCCACGACAUUGACCAAUCAUGGUGUCCUUUUCGCUGAACACUCUCAGCUGCUCGGUCUUACUAUUAUCGUCAUCAGUCUUCGCCCGCCCUGCGCCCGAUGCGGUUCCCGUCGCCGUAGCAGUCUCCCUUGAUUGGGGUCGUCCAGGUUCACAUUCCGCUCCACCUCCACCUCCAUUGCCAUUGGCCUCUGUGGCUGCAUCAAACACCGGCUCAGCUGCCCUGCCGCCUCCAACAGGACAACCCAAGUAUGUUCAGCUAGGCCUGGGCUUCCAGAACUACACUUGCAAUGGCACUGCAUAUGUUCAGACCGCACCCUCAUCCGGUGCUAUCGCCAACCUCUACGAUUUCACCGACGACCUGACCCCGGCAAACCUCGACACACUCUCGCCAGCCAUCCUCAAGAAGUUCGAAUCAUGCCUCAAGGCGACAUCAUGUGAACCCAAGGAUGGUCAAGACUGUGAUCUCUGCCACGUUCUCGCCAUCGCCUCAAUAGAGCCCGAUGCCCUCAGGCAAACAGGCUUCCACUUCUUCGACCGUCCCGCAGGCGCUCAGGUCCCCAACUUCAACAUCUUCGAAGCGGGCGACUUCCUUUCUGCCAAGAGGGCCGGCGGCGUCAAAGCCCCAGCUGGCUCAUACACCGGCAGAAAUGGACUCGGCACGAUCGACUGGCUCUACCUUGUUGACAAUGCCAGUGGCCGGAGCCAUGGCCUCUCAUCCGUCUACAGAGUAGAGACGGCUGGCGGCGUGGCACCAAAGACUUGCGAUACUGCUGGCACACAGGCCUUCAUUCCUUACGCUGCACAGUAUUGGUUCUACCAAUAGUUCAUUCCUUCCACCGGUCGAGCUGAGGCUUACGACAUAUGAACAAUAGCUAUACCCGUUUUGUUUAUUUGGGUCAAAAUUUUCUACCGUCAAAUAUGAAGGCACGGCAUGAAAGGUGUUCACUUUGCGAUCGAGCUUGGGACUUCGGCUCUCAGCACGUUAUUUUUGGGUUGGAGACAAGAUAGAAUUUUAUUUCGAAGCGUACAAUAUAUGAAAAGUUUCCUCACUGCA